UGAUAUCCACAGUAUGCUUCGUCAACUAGAUAUUGAGGAAAAUGACCCAGAUAUCACGCAAUCCGAGAAGAAAAAGUUGGACGAAUAUCGUAGGACGGUGAUCAAACAAGAGAUCUUGAAAAUGCUUGGUCUCGAGAGCCCUCCGAAUGCUUCAAACAUUCCGAAAAUACCAAAAGAAAUGAUAAAAAGUGUCCUGCAUCAAACGAGACACCACAGGAAAGGUGGCCGUAAAAAUCUAGACGUCGCUGGCAAACAAAUGAUUGUUAUAGCGGAGCCAGAAUUCUCGCUGAACUUGAAAGAUUCAGAACCGCAAUCAUUUCGCUUCAAUGCAAACGUGAAACAUAAUUCAGUUUCAUCUGUAAUAUUGGUCCUUCGACGUAACCCACAGAUCCUAACGAAGAGGAUAUUGAAGAAACAUCGUUUGUUUAUCGCACGAAUACUCGGUUAUCCUAACAAACUAUCCCGCCUAAUCGGACAUCCAAAAAUUAAGGAAACUAACAAAAACUGGAUCAAUUUGGACAUCACUUCAAUCUUGAAAUCAAAAGGUAUCCAUGGCAUGAUAAGGAAUAUCUCCAUCGAAAUUAUAUGCGAAGAAUGUGGUGGCGAAAACGGUUUUGUGAAUUCCAAGAAACGUCGUCCGUUUCUAAUUUUUAACGUUGGCAAAGUCACGAAAACCCGAAAGAGGCGCUCUGUAGCAAAUUGCAGCCAAACUGAUUGCUGCAUAGUUGAUUAUAACAUCAGCACUAAAUUGCUUGGUUUUGACUUUGUGGUAGCACCUAAUGUAUUUCAAUUGAACUUCUGCAAAGGAAAUUGUAUUACUCCACCUUUGAUUUUGGCGUUCCAUGAUCGGAUUGGGUUGGUGAAAAAUCCAACAAAGAAGAUGGUUAAAAAGUCAAACUGCUGCAUGAUCUCAAAAUUUAAAACGUUAUCAAUACUCAUCGAUGGUGGCAACAAUUCAAUUAUAAAAAAGGAUAUACCGAAUGUGACGGCGACGCACUGUACGUGCUCAUAACGUUUGCUGCAGUGCACGGUUUUUCUCAGUAUUAUAUAGCAACAUUAUCUACGUGUAUUUGACAUCGUAAAGUCUAUGACGAUUGCUAACAAUUGGUAAGAAUGGUGGAUAAUUUAUUUUUAGCCCGUAAAACUGACAAACAGUUUUAAAACUACAUGUGUAUAAUAUGA